AUGCUCAAAAAAGCUGCAAGCUCGCUCAUACAAAGAAACAUGGUUCCUAAACUUAAGCUAACAGAAACUGAACAACAAAUUUGCAGGCUGCUCAAGGACUACACAAGCGAGUAUAACAAGUCGCGCGCUCUUUCUGAGCCCCUGGAACUCCGCAUAACUGGAGGGUGGGUCCGUGACAAGCUUUUGGGUUUUAAUUCGCACGACUUAGACAUCGCAGUGAACACAAUGUCUGGAGAACAGCUGGCGCUAGAAAUCAACGACUUUCUAAGGCGCAAUCAUGAAAGUUGCGGUAUUACCCCGCACUCUAUUCACAAGAUCGACAAAAACCCAGAGAAGUCGAAGCAUCUGGAGACGGCCACCACCAAGUUAUUCGGUAUCGAUGUCGACUUUGUUAACCUUAGGUCAGAAGAAUAUACCACUGAAUCACGCAUUCCAGUCGUUGCAUUUGGCACUCCAAAGCAAGAUGCCUUGCGACGCGACGCUACUCUGAAUGCACUGUUCUACAACAUUCAGAACGACGAGAUUGAAGACUUCACCGGGACUGGCCUGGAAGAUUUGAAUAAAGGCAUUCUCCGCACACCUUUGCCACCUCUGCAAACCUUUCUAGAUGAUCCGCUGCGUGUUCUCCGCCUUAUUCGAUUUGCAUCAAGGUUAGGUUUUGUAAUCGAUCCGGACACCUAUAAAGCGAUGCAAGAUCCGGAAAUCAACAAAGCUUUUGGAAUCAAAAUAUCUCGCGAAAGAGUCGGCGUGGAGAUGCAAAAGAUUCUACAGGGUCCAAACCCUUUACUGGGUUUGAGCUUUAUUCAAAAAGCCGGGCUUGAUAAUGUGAUUUUUUCCUGGCACAGCGACUCUGCGAUUAUCCACUACAAUCGCGAAAACACUGACAUGAGCAAGGCCGAGAAAGCGUAUCAGGAAUUAGGCAGACAUAUUGAAUUAGUCCUUGAAAAGUUACCUGUUCUGCUUGAGGCUUUUCCGCUCUUGCAAGAACACUGGAAAAAUGCGCCAGUUUUCAAGCAAAACUUUAUUUUAGGUGUAAUUUUUGCUCCUUUUCGGGGCAUCAAGAUUGUAUGGAAUCCUCAAAAGCUCAUGAACAAGGAAACCAGCAUCUCAGAAAGCAUCGUAAAGGAUGGACUGAAGCUUGGCCGAAACGAUGCUGAGCUUAUCGCAAAAUGCGUCGAAUCUCACGUAGAAUACAACGACAUGAUCCUGAGGUACGAGUCUUUAUCUAGGUCCGAUAUCGGACUGGAGAUCCGUUCAUUCAACGGUGACUGGGAACUUGCCCAUUUGGUGAACUUGGCCUUAGCCUACUGUUUUGAUGAGAAUUCUCUUGGCCAAUACCAAAACUUUUACCAGUUUGUUUUUGACCAAAACCUGCAAAAUUCACACGCCUUGAAACCACUUAUUGAUGGAAAGACAUUGUCUAAACAACUCAAUAUCAAACCUGGUCGUUGGAUGGGCGGGGUUGUUGCAGAAAUGGUGAAGUGGCAAAUGGACAACCCUGGCUCAGACGAAAAACAGGUCCUUGAAUUUGUUCAAACAAUACUUCCAAACUAUACGUAG